CAUACUGAGAGAUAGAGGUUGGGCAACACUCUGUAGUCAUCCACACAAGUUAAACACUCCAAGCUUUCGGAGACUGACCAUUGAAAUCCCUUCAGUUUGAGGACAAUGUGGCUGGCCCUUCUUACAUAUCAGCUUGCAACACUCCUUCACACCCAAGCACAACAUGCUUGCAUUGGACACUCCACAUUCAGAAGUCCAGCCAACUCAGACAUUGAGGUCCUCUGUGGCUCUCAGACAGUGGACCUCAACAUCCUCCUAUGUCCCAUCUAUUUUAAUGGAUACAACGAGUCACUGCUGUCCCUCAACUCAGAGCACUCUAAACACCAGUGUAAAGGGACUCCUGACUGGACGACAGACCCACCUGUUGUCAAAUUCAACUUCUCCAUCACAGAGGAGGGGAUCACUGCCUGCUCCAGCACACUGACUGUCACAGAGGAAGUGGGAACUGGAGUCUUUUCAGACUUCUCCACCGUCCAGUACAUCAGCAUCACAGGCAUGAUCUGCUCAGAGGACCCUGGCACAGGAGCCAUCACCUAUCACCAGGAAGUGAUGUACAGGUUCUCCUGCCGUUACCCACUGCAGUAUCUGGUCAACAACACUCAGAUGAGCGUGUCUGGGGUCAGCCUGGCAGUCAAAGACAAUAAUGGGAGUUUCAUCAGCACACUGAGCAUGGGACUCUACGCGGAUAAUGGUUACUCCUCCAUCCUGAACAUCCCGGCAGGAGGCCUGGAACUAAAGACAAGGAUCUUUGUACAAGUGAAGGCGUCCAACCUUACUAGCAGAUUCAACGUGCUCCUGGACCGAUGUUACGCCACAACCUCGCCUUUCCCUGUCAACACCACUUCUCACGAUCUCUUUGUUGGGUGUAACCGGGAUGGCCAGACAGUAAUGGACAUCAACGGAGAGCAGCAGGAAGCCCGCUUCUCCUUUGAGGCUUUCCGCUUCAUCCAAAGCACAGGCGAUACUCUCUCCACCUACUAUGUACACUGUGCCACCAGGCUCUGUGUGAACACCUUCUGCCCCAACCUCAUUCAGAACUGCACCAGCAGCACCAACUCCAGGAGGCGCCGCAGUGCCAACAACAACCAGGGUACUACAGUGAGUGACAUGGCCACUGUCAGCUCAGGCCCCAUCAUUACCCGCUCAGACAAUGGGUAUCAGAUGGCUUCUGGAGGUGCUCGGCAGACUCAUUUGAACAGCACCGUGCUGGCUGUUUCAGUCAUAGCAGGCAUCGUUGGAGCCAUCUGCCUUACUCUGGUGGCUUUCAUUGUUUAUCAGAAGCACAUUUCCACAAUCGGCUCCCCUAAGAUGAUUCUGCACCAACAAGAGUGACAGAGAAAGCUUGGAAAGGAUUUUGUCCUGUUCCAUUCACUGGUACAGUACAGUUUACAAAACAGGUUCCUUGGAAUAAGCUAAGAGAGAGAGAAUACCAGAAAAGUGUGUUUUCUAUUUGAGUACAUUCACUUCAUUCAAGCCUUGAAGAAGAACAGAUGUAAACAGGACAUAAGAAAAGAGCCUCAUAUUCACUGUUGGGUAUGCUUCAGUGAUGAUUUAAUCCUCCCCCACUAACAGCUCAGACAAAGCAGCAGCACUGUACACUCAGUACUAUACUUGUAGCCUUGCACACCACUUCGGGUUUUGUAUUCAUUUGUAUACAUUUUAUAUUUGGGGAAUAGAAUUGAGGUCAGGGAUUUUUUGUUACUAAAGCAGUGUGAUGGGUCCUAUAGCUUACAUUCAGUGGGGUUUUUUUAUAUACUUUUAUAACUUUUAAAGGUUCUUAUGUUUUUGUACUUUCAUUUCUAAAAGUUGUUUGACAAAAUGUAUGUUCAUUAUUUAUGGUGACUUUUGAUGGUCUUUAUUACAGUCCUUUCAGAAGAUGUCACAAAGCUGAUGUAUAAAGCUACAAUA